AUUUUAGAAUUAUUUCUGUCGGCCACACGGGGGCGCCGCUCAGUUUCAGCGCCUCUCGCUGUCGCGCGCUGCGUCUUCCUCUCACUCCUCGACUCAAGGCCACGGAGGGUCGGUCGUGCUGCGGUCUUGCGCACAGUCAAUGUGUACGCGGUGCGUGUAUCGUCCGCCAUCAUGGACACCGUUUACCGGCGCUUCGAGUCCUUCGACUUCGACACGAACUCGACUUUCCAGCGCGGCGUCAAGUCGGUGCGUCUGAGCGCAGAAAGAGAAAACACGGAAACCGCCGGGAACAACAAACGACGUCUCCUCCUGCAGAUGAAAAUAUUCUUCUACAACCGGUUUGUGGAGCCCAUCACCUUGCAAGGUUACCAGAGCUGGGUUUCCUCCCGGGACGCCGACGGGGACGCCGUCCUCCAGCUGGGGGACAGAUGCGGCCAGCUGUUCGUUACCGAUCCGGCGGACGGCGCCUCGGUCCCGGGACGGCGGCACGGAGAGGAGGCCCCCGCGGUCCUGCCGGCGGCCACGGAGCUCGACGGGGCCCCGCGACCGGGGGCCCCUGCCCCGUUGUCCUUCGCCGAGGUUUUCCAGCUGGUCCGGGCAGGCGAGGACAUUCCGGGCCUGGAGAAGCCGGAUGUGCAGCCGUGUCUCCUGCCCCCCACCGCAUCCAGAUUGACCCGCAGACCCAAACCCUGGGAGAAAGAAAACUCCUGAGUCGCCUGGGCUUCGGCUGCGGCCGUUGGCUCAGUUGACGUGAAACAUUAAUGAGUUUAUUUUUACCCCGUCACUGAUUUCUGUGAAAUUGUUACACUGCCCCUAUUGCGGCACAUUAAACAGUUCCUUCAUAUGGGGAAACGCAGCAACACGGUAAACGAGACAGCAGACUCUGAGUAAUAAAGACCUUAGACAUGACUAAGUGUCCCACUGCC